GCUUCUGCUGUUUUGCUUAUAUUAGCUUCCUUCCUUUGAUAAACCAGUUUAGAAGAAAAAGAAGAUUAUGAAGAUGAUGAUGACCCUUUUCUUGAUUCUAUAUUCUGCUCAUUCUCCCAGUCCACUCUAUUUCUCUCUUUCACCUUCCAACUAACCCAAAAUCUUUCAAAAAAACAGUCAAUUAAACCAAGAAUUAUUAUUGCAUCAAAUAAAUAGAAAAUUUGCUGUUGUGAGUGGGAAUAUAUGGAGAAAUCUCCUCCUUCUUCAUCUCUUUCUUCAUCAUCUUCAUGCAUUGAGCCCAACAAUGAUUCUGCCAUGCCUAAGCCAGACACCCAGACUGGGCACAAACGCUCCAGAGCCAAGAAAGCUCCCAAUCCUGCCCCUACUGCUGCCAGAAAAAGCUCCAUUUACAGAGGGGUAACGAGGCAUAGGUGGAGUGGGAGAUAUGAAGCUCACCUAUGGGACAAGAAUUCUUGGAAUGGCAAUAAGAGCAAGAAGGGAAAGCAAGUUUAUUUGGGGGCAUAUGAUAGUGAAGAGGCUGCUGCAAGAACCUAUGAUCUUGCUGCUCUUAAGUACUGGGGACCUAAAGCCACAAUUAAUUUUCCGGUUGAAACAUACAGCAAAGAGCUUGAGGAAAUGCAGAAGUUGUCUAGAGAGGAGUUCCUGGCUUCGUUAAGGCGACAGAGUAGUGGGUUCUCUAGAGGCGUUUCUAAGUACCGUGGUGUCGCGAGGCACCACCAAAAUGGUAGAUGGGAGGCAAGAAUAGGACUUGUCUAUGGUAGUAAGUAUCUCUACUUGGGAACAUACGGAACUCAAGAGGAAGCAGCUGCAGCAUAUGAUAUGGCGGCAAUUGAAUUCAAAGGUCCCGGUGCAGUAACCAACUUCGACAUCAGCAAUUAUGGAGACAAGUUGAAGGAGAUUCGAGAGCGUGGCCAAACACGAAGAAAUCUGGCUAAUAAUGCAGAGUCCUCAGCUGAAGUUCAAUCCGGUGACCAACGCGACCCUAAUCAGGAAAUCGAAGAUGGUGAUGAGAUGCAGCAGAAUGAACGAGUAGAAGGACACUCGGUGACCUUUGACGAGGAGAUUCAACCAGAUGAGCUGCUACUUGAUCCUUACCCAAAAAACGUAGAGUCUUUACAACCAGAAAUCUUGAAACUGGAGGACCCCGGAAAAGAGCAUGAUGAGCACCCGUGGAACUUGUGCAUGGGCGUUGGAUUCGAGGCAUUCCCAGUGUCCAACAUUGACCUCGAGGUGAAGCCUCCGAGCCUCGAUUUCUUCAACGAUUCCAGCUUCGACGACGAGAUUGAUUUGGUGUUCGGGAAACGGGUAAGGGGAAGUGACGAAUUCAAGCAGGACGAUGUUUUUGGGAGCAUGCUGAUGGAUGAUGAAUUUGAAGCUAAGGCUGUGGUGAAAGGGCAGGAAGUGACAGCUUCAGAUUAUUCUUCUUCUGUUUCAACAUCAGUUUCAGUUUCCAGUGAAGUUGGAGGCUUGGCUUCUUCAAACUUGUUGAACUAAAGGGUGAUUGAUGGCUGGUUUUUGAACAGUUUUUUUGGUUGUUUUACUUGAAAUAUUUUGCCUUUC